AUGGAUGGUAGAUCUAAACAAGAGACAAGAAGGGGACAUAAUAAUUAUUGUAUGGAGGUUGUUGGGGAAGAAAGAGAUCUUGAAUAUGAUUGGGCUGCCCCUUGUAUUGACUCACUUUUUAUUGGUAACGCGAGUCGUUUUUUGAAUCAUUCUUGUGAUCCAAAUGUUCGCGUAGCAACAAUAUGGCGAGGUCCUUCCUUACCACAAGUUGGUGUAUUUGCUAAAAAAGAUAUACCUGCAGGGUCUCCUUUAACAUAUGCAUACGGUCCUGGUUAUGAGGAGAUGUUGUGCCUCUGUGGGGCCCCCAAUUGUGAGGGAUUUAUUGGAGGGGGAUCGGGAUCGGGAUCGGGAUCGGGAUCGGGAUCGGGAUCGGGAUCGGGCGAUCCCAGUAGCGAUAAAAGUAACCCCACAUGUGUUGUCAGUCUUGGGCUGCGUGCUGCUGCUGCUCUCAGCAAAAAAGCAGGCCAAUCCGUAAACUAA